CAAAGCCAAAGCUGGUGCGAGAAAGUUGUCGGUUCGCAUGGUAAACGCGCGCAUUGAAAUCCAAUUUAAAUUCCAAUACCAAAAACAAAGCUGAAAACUGAAAUUGCGAUGCAAAACAAAAGCAACAGCAAACACUGUGUUCACAAUCAAACAGUAAACAGCAUAAAAACAUUAAAACUAUAAACACACAACAAGACAUCAACAAGUGCCAAAAUAACACAAACACAUAAACACAGUUAAACAUACAAAACACUCUUGAACAAAAGAAGACAGACAAAAGAUUACUCAGCAUGGUGUUCGCAUCGGUGUUGGUGUGCCAAGUGGAGAAAUUUUUGUGCACACCCAUCAGCUUUGCGGUGUUUGCCUUUCUUUUCAUGGCCUGCACCAUGGAAGUGGUGCUUCUAAAGAUGACCACGAAUCCUCACAUCUUUGGACGGCCGCCGAACCACGAGGAUGGAGACGAUGGCAGCGAGUACGAGGAGGAUAUUUACUAUGAGAAUCUCGAGAACAACUAUGAGCAUUGGGCGCGCAGACGCAGAAGAUUUCAUCAGCAACAACAACAACUUCGCAUUGCGCAGCGGCAGCAACAGCAACAACAAUAAUUACUUGAUAGAUAGAUAGAUAUUAUUUGUAUAAGUUUUUGACUGAGUUUUCACCAAUAGAUCUAAAUUUGAAAUACGCGCAAAAAUACGUAAAAAGCAGAAUGGAAAUAAUCUUUUGAUUAAAGACAACGAAUUUUAUGUCUUGCGAAAUUUUCUGGCAAUUCAUUGCAACCAAAAAUGAAAUGAAAUGAAAUGUUGAUAUUUUAAGCACGUUGUCAACCGUCAACUCAAAAGUUUUAUAUAAGUAGAUAUAAAAGUACAUGUAUGUGUAUAUAUUUGUGAGUACUUGUAUUUGUUUUUCGAAUGGAAAGAAAUUUGCAUAAAUUGUAAAUGACUGACAUAAUCAUGUGUGUGUGUGUGUGCGCACAUUACACAAUUUAUCGUUAAUCAAUAAAAAUUAGUUAUAGGGUUCUAUAAGUGUGAUACAUAAUUGUGUUUUUCCUAUAAGAGCAACAUGUUUAAUUCAUUGAAUAAAAGUGGAAUUGUAUGUUACAAACA